AUGGACAAUUACUCGCAGAAUUACUCGCAGAUUUACUCGCAGAUUUACUCGCAGAUUUACUCGCAGAUUUACUCGCAGAUUUACUCGCAGAUUUACUCGCAGAUUUACUCGCAGAAUUACUCGCAGAAUUACUCGCAGAUUUACUCGCAGAUUUACUCGCAGAUUUACUCGCAGAUUUACUCGCAGAUUUACUCGCAGAUUUACUCGCAGAUUUACUCGCAGAUUUACUCGCAGAUUUACUCGCAGAUUUACUCGCAGAUUUACUCGCAGAUUUACUCGCAGAUUUACUCGCAGAUUUACUCGCAGAAUUGCUCGCAUGAUUACUCACAUAAUUACUUGCAGAAUUACUCGCAGAAAUCUCUUGCAGGAUUUUAG